AUGUCUCACGACUACUCACAAGAUUUCAUCAAACUUCAACUUGAAGAGGAUGCAUUUUUCAACCAAUUGAGCUAUGGUCAUAUUAACGCAGACAGAACAAUUGAAGUGCUCAGACUGAAACAACAACCUCAAGCGGUGGAUUUAAGUAAUAGACUAAGCUGCGGCAAUGAAAAAGAUCAAAAGAAACUUUCAUUGGAUAAUGAGUUUCAAUCAAUUCAACUUGAUUGGUAUACGUUGCAUUUAAACCAACUAACCGCUUUACGAGCCAAAAUCAAUCAACAACAACUCAAAGCAUAUAAUAAACUGGUGGAUCAAUUUAGAAAACGAGAAAUACAUUGGAUUCAACUGUAUCGUAAAAGGAAACAGUUGGAGACAAAGAAGAGACAAAAGAAAUUGGAAGAUAGGACCAUGAGAUUGGAAAAGAUUCGACAGUUGAAACAACGGGUUCGUGAUGUAACGAAAAAAAUGUCUGUACGUAUGCACAAUACUUGUGAGGGUGAUAACGUAGAGAGACAGAGCUGUUGGGCUAAGAGAUUAUUAGCUCUCGUUUGGAUUGGCAAUUAUGGCAAAGUGACAACAUAUUCAAACACAAGCAAAUCAUGUCAAGACCAAGACGAUCAUACAUUUACCAACAAUGAAGCCAAAAUACGUGAUGAUCCUUGGUACUUUCGAUGUAUCAACUUCGUAAACCACAGAUUCAAGCCCAAUCACCCCAAAGUUCAUCAUCAUCAACAACAAUCAAGUCCCAAGCUCAACAAGCAAAAGCAACAACAACAACAACAAUUACUACUACGUCGAGUUUUGCAUGUGAAUUAUCAUCGAUGCACUCAAAUCAAAUUGGUCAAAAGCAAGAUUUAUUUACGAUCUCAAUUGAAAAAGCAUUACCAUAUGUUGGUGCUCAAGUAUCGAGUAUACAAAACCAAACUACUACGAAUCUGUACAUUAUUAAAGCAUUGGUUCAUAAACAAGAAAAGACGAAUGAAGAGACUGGGGAUUAGACUCAGAAGGCGGUACACGAUAGCUGCUGUGUUAUGUCAAAAUUCAGAUACAAACUCCAGUGCAAUAAUCGACCACAAUAAACCUGAUCACCUAACAUUUUAUUGUUCAACAAAUGACAACUUUAUGCAAACACACCAAAUGUUUCUUCGGUUUGAAAUGUAUAGAUUGCAUUUAUUUUGUCGAUAUCGCAUGCAAUUUACUUUCUUGACCAUUUAG